AUGGCCAAAGGCUUCUUCAUCAGCAAGACGCUGGGCAUAGUUGGGAUCGUUCUUGCGGUUGCCGCUGUGGCCACCAUCAUUGCUCUGGCGGUUGUCUAUGCAGAGGAGAAGCAGAAGUCAAGCAAUGAUGCGUCUGACCCAACCCCAUCUAGCUCCAUCUCUACCGCCACUACCACCACCAGAGCUACAGCUGCCACCCCCAGUGUUCCUGGCACUACGGCCAACCCAAACGACCCUUGGAAUCAAAUGCGGCUACCCAAGACCCUCGAGCCCGUGCACUAUGAUGUCACCCUGCAACCCUUCCUGACCCAGGAUGCUCAAGGACUCUAUGUCUUCACGGGCAACAGCACGGUGCAAUUUGUGUGCCUGCAGCCCACCGACCUCAUCCUCAUCCACAGCAAGAAGCUCAGCUACAUCGAGCAAGCGGGGAACCUCGUCUCUCUGCGUGGGGUAAACGGGUCCACAGCACCAGCCAUCUCUCGGACCUGGCUGCAGGAAAAGACUGAAUACCUGGUGGUGCAGCUUAGCGGAAGCCUCCAGCAGAAUGCGUCCUAUGAGUUGCUGAGCAGCUUCCGUGGGGAGCUGGCGGAUGACCUGGCUGGCUUCUAUCGCAGUGAAUACAUGGAGGAUGGGGUUCGCAAGUAGGUGGAACUGUGUGUGUGUGUUUGUGUGGUGGGGCAACCCUACAGUUCUAUGAAAAAUACAGUUCCUGCAGCCAGUCUCUGUGUCUGGGAAGAUCUCUGGACAAGCCUGGCAGGGUGUGAGUUGGGGAGGCUAUAGACACUGGAUUGUGUUAUCAGCAUCUGAAGCAGGGGGGAGGCCAGAGCCAUCCCUCUCUGCUGCCUGGCAGCCACCUGCCCUCAGAACAGGCUGGGCUCCUCCUCCCACCUGGCACCAGGUCACCAACCCUGCAGCUCUGGGGCAGCCACAGAGACCCCUAGCAAGGAGCUGGAGGAAAAUCCACCCAGAGAGGGACAUUGCAGCAAAGGGUGGUGGUGCGGAUGAAGGCAAGGGACUCCCCAGCCAUUUGUACACUCCAAAGCUUCUCCUACCUGCCCACAGCUGCUUUUUUCCUUUUGCAAGUCCCUGCUAUGUCCUCCCUAGGGCCUCUGUUGAAGCCCAAACCCCAACCGCAACCUGUUGUUUAGUUUGAUGUGGAGGUGCCCCCCCCCCAGGGUGGCCGAUCUCCCAUAGCCCUCUUGCCAGCUCUUCCUGCUUGCCUUAUGUUGAGAGGAGACCAGUUUACAGGAGAGCAAAGUGGGAUGGAUGCGACAUAGCACCGUUAGCAGGGACCUGGUGCCACUGUGGUGAGUGACUAGGUAGCAUUUCUUGAGAGUCUCCAGAGUUGAGCUCUGGGACUGCCCACACCCCAUGAAAUGCCCACCCUGCACCCCGACCCCCGUUCUAGCACAGGGUAAUGGCCAAAUCAGGCCUGGAACUUCUGAGGUUGGGAUGGAGAUUGUUGCCACUUGACUCAGAAAAGGGGCUAUGCCCCCCCACCCCUGCUCAAGAGCUACAGGUACUUCCCACCUGCACCCAACCUGGGGAGCUCCACCCACACCUACCUCCUCCCAUGGUGGUUGUUUGCAUUGCAACUUGCCUUGAAAAUAUCUGGGCAGCUAAGAAGCAGGGCAGACCCUGGAAGACACAAGCUCCCUUGUCUCAAUAAAUCAAGAAGACAUGGCAUGGCGGGUGGGUGGGUGGACCUGGGGGAACAUGCAUUGACCAGCCUCUGUCCUCCUCCCAGGGUGGUGGCCACAACGCAGAUGCAGGCGGCUGAUGCCCGGAAGGCCUUUCCUUGCUUUGAUGAGCCGGCCAUGAAGGCCACCUUCACCAUUGUGUUGAUCCACCCAUCUGACCAUGUGGCUCUCUCCAACAUGCCUGUGCAGAGUAAGGGGGUGAAGGGAGGGUGGGGCAAAGGGACUCCCCUUGGUGGUGGUGGUGAAGCACACCUGCCACUUCCUCCUCCUCAGUUUCCAUCUGUGUUCAUGACCCCCUCCCUCCUCUCCCAAGAGAUUGCGGCUCUUUCCUUGCAUGGGUAGAAGGGCAGGAGGGGAGAGCCAGACUGGAAGUGGGAGGAGACUGAGGGGGAGGUUUGCUUCCCACAGGUACUGGAUGGUGUUCCCAUUAUGCAGAGUCUGGAGUCAGGACAUGCUUGGGAUGGGGGGAUCUGUGUCCAGUGGAAUGGGGGAGAGAAGUCUUUGAAUCACCAGAGGUUUGGAAUCCAAGAGCUGCUGAAUCAGCCUUCCUGAAGGGAAGAAGCCUGUGUGGGAGGAGGGAGGUGAUUUCCCUUGGGAGCUCAAGUACAGAGGCUCACACCAAAUUCCCAGCCAGAGUCCAAAGAGUCCAUUAGGAUGCACGCUAUAUAGACAGAUAUGUCAUCUUACCUGUUCAUCCUCUACCCAAUCACCUUCUGCCACACCAGCACUCCACCCUCUCUCAUCCAACCACAACUGACUCAACCCCUUCCCAUCUUUUACUGUGCCUGUCCGACCCCUCUUUGUAUGUUGAAUGGAAUUGGUUUUCCCCCUUUAACAGUCAGCUGUCAGGUUCCUUUUUAACUGGUUCUUCCCAGGCUUGUGGUGAGUUCACACUGGCCUCACUAUUAGUGGGCUUAACAGUAAUUCCACCUCAGCCAUCAGGGCUGGCACUGUUGGGAGCUGUCCACCAAAUGAGAGAAAGGGAAGCAAGUGAGGGCAACUGGAAAAACGUGCAGGAGGGAGAGGAUCCUGCUUCAGAAUGGACUCAGCCACAGAGCAAAGGAACUGUGAGAGCAAUGCACAGCAUUGAGCUGGGUGCUGUCAUUUGAGGGCAGGACCCUCUUGCCUCCUCCUUCUCUCUGGGGUAACAAUGCCUGUUUGCCUGGUGAUAACUGAUGACACUCACAAGGUGAAUGGCCACAUUCAGUCCAACAAUGUAGUCUACCAACUGCACUGGGAUUGGACCCUUGGACUCCAGAAACUGCAAAUGCAGACAAAAAGUUAUGGGGUUUUGGAGAUAAACAGGGGUCAUGGUUGGGUCUUGACUUUAGGCAAGAUCAGCAGAGCAGGUUUAUGGUCUCUUCUCCUCCCCGCACUCUAGGCACCACACAGAUGCAGCUGGAGGGACAGCUAUGGAACCGGACAGUAUUUCAACCCACACUCAAGAUGUCAACCUACUUGCUUGCUUUCAUCGUCAGCCAGUUUGACUAUGUGCAGGAACAGAAUAACGUCUCGGUAGGCGUGGCAGUGGGGAAGACCGCCUCCUUCUUGAGGGCCUUGGGAGCUCUCCUUGCUCGGAGGGAUUUCUGGGCACCUAUUCCAGGCAGGGACCCCAGGCCCUGCUCCCACCCAGGCUUGGUCCUCCACUGACGAUCCUUGCUGAGACAUCCCUAUUCCGUUUCAGAUGCGAAUUUGGGGCCGCCCCAAAGCCAUUGCAGAGGGCCAGGGAGACUACGGCAUCAAGGUCACUGGACCCAUCCUGGAUUUCUUUGAGAAGCAUUAUUCCACACCUUACCCGCUGAGCAAACUAGGUUGGUGCAGAAGCAGGAGGGAGGGCUGACAUGAGGGAAGCGGACAAGGAGCGGGCUUUGGGAAGGGCAUGCAAGGCUCUGGCAGGGUCCUAGAGCCCUCCUUACUCCUUCUCAAAGCCUGGUGAGUGCUUGCCCAGCUUUAGGAAGGAGGGCUCUAGGACCCUUUCAGAGCCCUCACACCUCCUUCCCGAAACUGGGCAAACGAUUCCUGGGCUUUGAGAAGACCCUCUCUUUGGCUGCAUGCACAGUACCUCCACACCAUUCACGCUGCCCUAAAUCCGCCUCUGCUCUUAUGAUUCAUUCCUGCUUAUUCUGAAGCCUGAUCUCCACUGUCAGAGACAUUAAAUGCCUCUGAAUGGCAGUUGCCGGGAAUCACUAGUGGGGAGAGUUGCUGCUGCUGUUGCGCUCAGGUCCUGCUUCUGGGCAUCACCCUGGGACAUCUGGUUGGCCUCUGGAAGGACAGGAUGCUGGACCAGAUGGGCCCUCCUUGGUUCUUAUAACCUUCUUCUCCUGACUGUUCAACUGUUUCCACAGACCAUACUUAGAGAAACCUAGGAUGUUCUGGAAGUCUUGGGCUGCAACUCCCAUCAGCCGCAGCCAGCUUGGCUGUGCUGGGGUAGACAAUACAUCCAUGCUGGCUGGGCCUGAUGGAAGUUAAUAGGAUGGCGGUAUGGUAGCUUUGGAAGAGACCCAAAGGCUCAUCUAGUCCAAGUCCCUGCAAUGCACAGUGGUAGUUCAAGACACCUGGAAGGCAGCAAGGUGGGGAAACCUGGCUUGGGACUUCAGUUCCCUGUGGCUGAAUGAUAGGGCAGGUCUGCAGCCCCGCCAACUCUUUACAGUAUGAUAGUGCUGUUCACAAGUGGUUUUUAAUAUAUACAGCACUGCUUCUAAAAAGGCCUAGGAGUGACAACUGACUCGCAGCUGUGGAAGCCUGGCUCGUAGUCCCAGCCUGGCUCAUGGGACAUUCUCUCCCCAGACCAGGUCGCCCUCCCGGACUUUAAUGCCGGCGCCAUGGAGAACUGGGGGCUGUUGACCUAUCGUGAGAACUCCUUGCUCUUUGACCCGCUCUUCUCCUCCAUUGGGAACAAGGAGCGGGUGCUGACCGUCAUCGCUCACGAAGUGGCCCAUCAGGUACUCUCUAUGGGUUUUGGAACCACACGGGCCACUUGAGUGGGGAGGGGGAUCUUGCACUUGGGUCCUGUUGAUGGGUUUUUCCCUGGGGUACCUGGUUGGCCACUGGGAGAUCUGAGUGCUGGACAGGAUGGGCUGUGUUCUGGUCUAGCUGCAGGGCUCUUCCCAGGAACUCCUGCUCAGUCAAUAGACCCUCUUCACUCUCAUUGGCCGUUUUCUGAAGACUUCUCCCAGCCCAUGAGGUGAUUGUUGGCUGGGCACCUGACACACUUCAAACCCACCCAAUACCAUGCACCGAGGGAGUAUUUGAGGGGGCUUCAAGGCUGACUAACCUCCUGCUUCCCCACCCCCAGUGGUUUGGGAACCUCGUGACCCUCCGUUGGUGGAAUGACCUGUGGCUGAACGAAGGCUUUGCAUCCUAUGUGGAAUAUCUUGGUGCCAAUGCGGCGGAGCCCACCUGGGAUAUUGUAAGUUGCUUUUGUGAGAUAGAACAGGGCUGGAUGGUGCUGGGAGGCUUCUGAGGAAUAAUGCAGCUCCUGACCCAAGUCCUUCUCAGGCAGCCUGAGUUCUGCAAAGGUAGCUGGCAAAAGGAGAGGGCUGGGUAGUGGGGGGUUUGGAGACAUAUUCACCCUGGAAAUCAAAGAUGGCUGCUUCCAAGUGAUCUCAAGGUCCCUGGAUUUCUCUGAAGGUGCUGAUAAGGUCUUUCAUACACUCAUUUAAAGCACCUUCACCUCACUGCAAGAAUUCUGCGAACUGUAGCUUACCCCUCACAGAGCUACAAUUCCCAGCACUCUCAACAAACUACAGUUCUCAGGAUUUUUUUGGGGGGGUGUGUGCUUUAAAUGCAUGGUGUACACAACCCCGGUCUCCCCACAAAACUGUAAUUUUCAUGGCUUCUGAGAAUUAAGCUGGCUUGAGAAAGAGAGCUAGCUCAGUUGGUAGAGCAUGAGACUCCUAAUCUCAGGGUUCAAACCCUGCAUUGGACAAAAAAAGAAAUAGAAAAGAAGAAUUCCUGCCUUGCAGGAAGUUGGACUGGAUGACCCUCGUGGUCCCUUCCAACUCCAUGAUUCUAUGAAAAUAAACCCACACAGAGGCAGAGUGUGGAUGUGGUCCAUGUAGGAGCGAGGGAAGAGCUGGUCUUAUGUUGUGGCAAUGGUGUGGUUGCCACUGGAAGGGGCUCCCGUGUGGCACAGGAAGAGCCUCCAGAGCAUGAUGGGUCCCCUUUCCAGGUAGAAAGGGAUGUAAAUACAGUAGCAGGCAGUGAGCUUGGACCAGGGAGAACUAGAUUUGAAUCCUUGCUCAGCCAUAAAGCUUUUGGCCAGUCACUGUCCCCCACCACACACUCUUACCUAAGAGUGUUUGUUGUGAGGAUGGACCAUGAGAUUUUGGGGAACUGAUUUGCAGAAAGACCUGAUGGUCUCCAACGAAAUGUACCGUGUGAUGGCCAUUGAUGCACUGGCUUCCUCGCACCCGCUGUCCUUCCCCGAAGCGGAGAUCAACACACCAGCGCAAAUCAGCGAAGUCUUUGAUGCCAUCGCCUACAGCAAGGUGAGUGUGCCUUGGGUGGUUGGGUCUGGGGGAAGGUGGAGUGCCUGCCUCUCUUCCCUUCCCAGAUGGAGCAAGUUUGGCUGCAGAGAACUGAGCUGGGAGCAGCCGCCGCCUCUCCCUUGGUACUUCAAAGCUAAGACUGGCAGAGGGCCACCCACCUAUGAAAAGGUGGUGGUUCUGAGAGGAUCUGCUGCAUUACUGGGGCUUGUGGAAUUAUCCAAGCCUGGCUUUUGGGAUUUACAUUUGGGUGUGGAACCCCAUCAUGGGUGGGAGUGAGAGAGGACAUCCUGUGGCCUCUCCCUUCACUGCCCUCUCCUCUCUCCACAGGGAGCUUCAGUCCUGCGGAUGCUCUCCGAAUUCCUCACUGAGGACCGCUUCAAAGAGGGGCUGAAGGUAAGGCCUGUCUUGGCAAGCGCUGGGUCGUUCAUAAUGAUACCUGCACUGCCCUUGUCUGGCGCUUCCUCCCCCUGCUUUGCCAUGGGGUUGGGUGUGUGGAGUGGGGAGAGACCUGGGUGAGCAAAGGGGAGGGUCUGUGUGUUCCCACCUCCCCAGCAAACUCUAAUGGAGCAAAGGCAAUGUGGGCUGCACACCAAGGAGGUAUGGGCUUCCCAAGGGCCCAGUGGCAGCUGGGGUGGGGGGGCGUCAAUCUCUCUCUCUCUCUCAUUCACCUUCUGUUCUUUCUGCAGUCAUACUUUAAGGCCUUCGCAUACGGAAACACCGUCUACGAUGACCUCUGGCAUCACCUCCAGUUGGUACGUCCAAUAGUCCGUCCAUUUAAAAUGCCAGGGGAUGCUUCUAGUUAGGGUGGAAGGGCCAUAGCUCAGUGGGAAGAGCAUCUGCCUUGCAAGUCAAAGGCCCCAGGUUCAAUACCGGUUGGUGUCUCCAGGGAGGGGCUGGGAGAGGCUCCUGCCUAAAAUCCUGGAGAGCCAUUGCUAGUCAGUGUAAGCAAUACUGAGUUAGAUGGACCAAUGGUCUGACUCAGUAAAAGGCAGCUUCCUGUGUUCCUGGCCAGGCAGUGUCUGGAGGCUACUUCUCUCAGCUGCAGGUGGGGGUGAGCCUUCUUCCAAGGGGGAGGAGGGGCUUUCAUAGGUCUCCCAACCAUUGUUGCAUCCUGGUUGGACGAUGGUUUGUUCAACGUGCUGGUUAUACAGGGCUCAUCCAGACUUGCCCUUGUCCUGUGGAUCUGAGUGGUUUCCCACUUGUCCUGCACUUUCUAGGCACAGGUCUGAGAGGUUUUGCCCUUCUCUUGCUGCUUUCUCCCAGAAAACACCCUCUUUAUCAAUAGAUCGGUGCAAGUAUCAAUCUGGGGAAAACUCAAUUGACAUUUGCUCCAAUUUGGCAGUAAAGAUUGGGUUUCCCUGGGGAAAGGCAGCGGGGGCAAGGGCAAGUUUGGAUGAGACCAUAAACACAUACACAAGGUUGUUAGACACAAUAUUGUUUGCUGUCUUGCAUGAAGUUGCCUAAUUCAUUUUCAAAAGCCCACCCUUAUUUAUAAGAACACAAUUGCUUUUUGUCUUCAGCGGGCAAACAGUCAUCCUCUUAGCUAAUUUCUGGAAUUCUCAGAAACAUCUGGAAACUGUGAACACACACACACACACACACACACACACACACACACACACUCCUUGGCCAAAUAUAUUUCCCCUGGCCUUCCUCCAGCCUCUCCCCCCACCCUCGAGGAUGGGCUUUCUAGAUUCUGGGUUAUCUUUGGAGCUUUCCUUGAAGCCACUGACUUCUCCUCAGCAAGCAUGCAUUUGGCCCUGUGAUGCCAGGAACUCAGGUCUUUGAAUGAACAUGGCUUGGCCAAGGCUGGCUGUGCCUUGGUCCAACAGCUGCCUGGGUCUUAGACUUGCCUGCCUCAGGAUGGUUGCAUUGAUUGACUUCCCUGGGCCCAAAUGUCCCCUCUGCCCGGUUGGCUCCUUUGCAGUGCAGCUCCCUUUCAGUCCACGAUCUCCUUCUUGGGCUUUUUGCUGAGCGCUGCUUCCGUGUGUGUAACAACUUACAGCUGUGCAUUUGGCAUCCCCCGGUACAGCCGUUGCUCAAACCCUGAGCUCAUUUUGAAUCCUCCUCUCCUGCUGGCAUUUUGCUGUCAACAGAUUUUAAGCACGUCCCCCUACAUCAGGGCUGCCAGUCAGCCCAUCUCCUGCUCUGGGCACUGCCCACUUAGACGGGUGUCAAAUUUGGCUGAAGAGGGAAAUCCACAGGAUCUGAGUAUAGCUCAGCCUUCCUCUCUUUCUGCUCUGUUCCUGCAUUAUCCACCACCCCAUGAUUUUCACCCUUCCUGCUUAUUUAAUUGCCUCUACCUUUUCUCUUUUUUUCUCCACCUCCUCCCCCCAGCCCACUCUGCUUUUGCAUAUUCCCUCAAAGGUUGCUUCUCCUUCCAAGCCUUAGGUUUUUUGCUCCCACCGGCCUCUUCUCCAGUCGCAGGAGCCUCAGUGACCGUGACCUGCUUCCAUUUCUCUUUGCCACCCUUUCCCCUCCUUCAGUCGCAUCUCUCACUGUUGAAGUUUAGACUGCAAGCUGCUGGGGGCAGAGACUUUCCUUUCCCUUGCUUGUGAUGCUGAACAGUUCAGUGUCUCCUGUGCUAAAUACCGGACCGACUUCAUUCUCCAGAGAGGGAGGGAGGGAAGAAGAGAGCUUUUCAUGGUAGUUUUUGUUCUCGGGCACUCUUUGCUUUCUGGCAUGUGACCCUGUGCCAACAGCCCCACUCCCUUUCCUUCUGCCUCUGCACACGACUUGAUGGAGGAGGCUGAAAAGGGGAGGAACAGCUCCCUUAUACCAAGUCAGAGUCUAGGUCAAUCUAGUUCAGUAUUGUCUACACUGACUGGCAGCAGCAUGCCAGGGUUUCUAGGAAGGAAGUACCUCCCAGCUGAGGAUUGAACCUGGGACCUUCUGCAUGCAAAUCAGAUGCUGAGCUUUGCCCUUUCCCCUUAAAUAUUACCUUUGGGGUUUUCAACAGAACUGGGUUAUUUCCUGGUUGUCCAUCCAUAGCUAUGAGGGCUAAACCCUUAAGUGGGGCUGGAGGGCUCAGCCCUAGGAGGGCACCUUGAAGCAACAUAGAGUUUUGGCAAGGGGUGUGUGACUGUGACCAGAAGCCACAGCUGAGUGUUUUGCAUUGAUUGCAUCUGACAAAGCUUAUGAUGCCAUAAUGCGUUUGGUAGGCUUUACAUUGCCACAAGUCUUCUUGAUUUUGUUUUUGUUUUUGCUAUGAAUCCCUGUGCCUCAUUAACACUCCCUCCUUUGGACAGGCAGUAGAUCAAGACAGGUUUGAACUCCCUGGCACAGUCAAAGAAAUCAUGGACCGGUGGACCUUGCAGAUGGGCUUCCCAGUGGUGACUGUGGACACCGCUACUGGGAGCCUCACUCAGAAGCAUUUCUUGCUGGACCAAACAUCUGUUGUUGACCGACCCUCACAAUUCAAGUAAGUAGGGAGCCCUGAGCCACAGACUCCAUGGAAAGGCCACAUUCAGUCCAGAAAGACCUGGAGGAAAGAGUGUGCUUGUGUCCAGAGAAUUGUGGCCAUUGGCAGUUCCUGGCAGGGCAUCACUAGACUCCCUGGCCAGUGCACUCUCCUCCUCCUCCUCCUCCUUGGAAGCCAAGAGACCUUUGGCUUGAUUCAGGACAAGGGAGGACACACCUGUCUGUUUCUUUCUGCAGCUACACCUGGAUCGUCCCUAUCUCCUCAAUGAAGUCAGAUAAUCCAAUACCUUUGUACUGGCUCACAAGCACAACAGGUACCCUUCACUGCGACCAUCUUCCCAGCUUUACCGUGAUGUCGCUGGGAUUAUUAUUGCAUUCAAUUGACUUUUACUCAAAAUACACCCACUGAAAUUCAUGGCUGUAGCUAACUGAGGACCAUUAAUUUUCAAAGGGUAAAAGUUCGUUGAAUACAACUUCUUCUCUUCCUCCUCCUCUUCCUCCUCCUCCUCCUCCUCCUCUAACAUAUUACCCACCCUUCACCAACAGGCCCCAGGGCAGCUUACAACUAUUCAAUAUUCAAUAUUUAAAAUAGCUAAGUUGCAGUCACAGGAGUAGGGCGGCUCCUGAAAACAUGUAUCUUGGGUGUGAAAGGCCAGGGUAAAGAGGUUCGUCUUCAGCAUACAUGUGGGGAGGGAAUUUCACAACUUAAGGGAUGCCACAGAGAAUGCCUUCUUCUCUCAGGUGUUCUGAACCGCAGACCCAAAGGAGGCCUCAUGGGAGUGGUUGGGUGCAGGAUAACAAAGAAGGAUGCCCAAAACACCAGAAUGGUCAGUUCUAGUGUUUUAUUAAGAAGAAGGGUGUAGACUUGCAGCAAAUCAGCCUGCCAGGUCUCCUAGCCUUUACAGACAUGGGACGGGCACCUCAGCAAGGGGACAGGUUGUCCUCACCCAAGCAAACAUUCAUACAUUUUUUUAAUACACAAAGCAGUAUAUGUCACUUUGUCUAGGACUUCUCAUCGCUUCACCUGACUAGAGGAGACGACAGGUGGCAACUACCCAAAUCUUACAGAUAGUUCCCCUUUCUGGGCUCAGAGCCCAGCGCCCAAGCCCAUAGAUAAGGAUAACAUCAAAGCAAAAAAUAUAAACAUAUAUGAGUUCGUUGCUACAACUACUAAUAAAUUAUGGGGUUAUCUUGACUACUGAGAUGGUGUUUGCAGAGCAUCCAGAACAGUUCACCUUUGGUUCAACACACUGGGCCACCCCCACAAAUUUCUGAGGGUGGAGGAACUACCUAGAGGGCUCUCUCUGCUGAUCUUAGCACCUGGGAGGGUCUGUAGGGAAUGAUAUAUUAGGCUUUUCAGACCAAAGUACUGGGUCACCCCAACCUUGCAAGAUGGUUGCUUGGUUGAGGCUUUUAAUUAAGUUUUGUGGUCAAGUAGGCAAAAGUGGCACCAUCCUAUUCACUGGCUAGCUAGAGAAGAGGGACAGCCAUCCCCAUUGCCAAGAGGGCAACUUGCCCCUGCUCUCUGUUUCCCUUCAGUGGUCUGCAUCUACCUUGUAUUCAUUUGACUGGGUGGCAAGUCUUUGUGGUGGACUUGGUCCACCUUUCUAGCCAUCUUUCCUAUAAUCACCCUUUGUAGCUGGGCCACUCUGAGCCCACCUUGGCAGGGGGAGAGGAGUUGGCUCUGGAGAACGGGUCUCUCUAGGGCACACGCAAGGUCACCCCUCUCUCUCUUUCUGCAGCUCAGAUCUCCAACUUCUCAAUUGGGGCUGAUCCUAACACGUGGCUGCUCCUCAACAUUAACGUCACAGGAUAUUUCCGAGUGAACUAUGACCAGGGGAACUGGGACAGGCUCCUGGAGCAGCUGAAGACAGACCACCAGGUAGCCACAGACCUGAACUCCCUUCUUCCCCUUUCUACACAACCAGGGUCCCAUUCAUCUGAGCACAGCUAGGAGCCCAGGCAGGUCUCCAUCUUCCUCCAGUUCAGCUUCUUCAAGGUCUAACUGGAGAGUCUGUGAGGCAAAGGCUCCCCCCCUUUCUCCUCCACAGCCCUUGAAAUUUGGUGACUGAUGGAGGUGUGUGUGUGUGUGGGGGGGGAAAUACUGUUCCUGACUCAGUAUUAAUUUAUUUCAUAAAAUUUAUACACUACAGUGGUACCUUGGGUUACAUACGCUUCAGGUUACAUACACUUCAGGUUACAUACUCCGCUAACCCAGAAAUAGUGCUUCAGGUUAAGAACUUUGCUUCAGGAUGAGAUCAGAAAUUGUGCUCCGGCGGCGCGGCAGCAGCGGGAAGCCCCAUUAACUAAAGUGGUGCUUCAGGUUAAGAACAGUUUCAGGUUAAGUACGGACCUCCGGAACAAAUUAAGUACUUAACCCGAGGUACCACUGUACUUGAUUGCAAAAAAACCCACACACCAUCACAGUGGUUUACAAAAGGUAAAACAGUAAAAUCAAGGGUGGGAGGGAAUUAUUCUGCUGAAAAUGGCUCCCAGAGUGGCUGACAACAACCAGUAGUGCUAUAAGACUGACUUUGCUCCCAGGGUUACAAUCUAAGUGACAUAGCACAAAAGGAAAUGGUCUGUUUCAGACAGACUGGGAGCCCCAAACCAGGGACUGGUCCACAGCUCUGAACUAGCAGGAAAUGUCAGCAGUGUUCUGCCUUCAUCAUGAGUCUCAGGUGAAUGUGGGAACCUGGCCUUGCAAAGCAGGUGGGGCGGGGCUCCCCUAUGGCUGGAUUUGGCUUGGUCUAACACAGAGGUUUUCAACCUUUUUGAGUCUAUAGCUCCCUUGACCAACUACAUUACAUUCUUUCUCUGGCACCCCUGUGGGGCUCAGGAGCCCAGUUAUGUCACCCUUUGCCUGCAGAGCUGGCAGCCUCUCACCCUUUUCCACACACCCUCCCUUGUGGAGCGUUCCCUCAGCCUCGUCUCCUCUCCUCUCUCCUUGGAGCUGCUGUUGCCGUGCCUGGUCUCUGAGCUGCCCCCGCCCCAAAGAGAGGUGCCUCCCAGAGGCACCAUUCGCCUGAGGAGCUUAGAGCCAGGGCUGCUACAACAAACAGCUGUGCAAGCCUUUCGGAGGCAGAGACGUAAGAGGGCAUCAGAGGAGGGAGGAAAGGAAAGAGGGACAGAGCCGGUGUUGCCUGCGACACCCCUGACCAAGUUUCAAGGCACCCCAGGGUGCCACGGCACACUGGUUGAAAACCACUGGUCUAACGUUUCAGCCCCUUUCCUGCCCUCACCCUUUCCUACCAGCCUGCCCCUCCCUCCUGUUCCUCCUAUUCUGACCAGCAACUUCUGCUGUUUUCCAGAAAAUCCCAAUUCUUAACCGUGCUCAGCUGAUCGAUGACUCCUUCAACCUGGCCAGGUGAGACUUUGGGUUACCUAAAGCUCCCCUGUAUCUGGGAGUCACUAAUCUCCAUAUACACCCGCAACCCUAUUCAAGCCGAACCUCUGUCCAAGGGCCCCCUGGUGGCGUAUGAGGAUACAGCAGGGUUCUUGUGCUGCUUUGAUGCAGAAGUGGCUAUUGUCGGUGCUCUCAGGUCCAACCUGCCUGGUCCUUCCUGGGCUGGCCUCUGGAACCAGCGAGCCAGUCUGGGGUUGACGCACAUACCCCCCACCCACUUAUGUGGAGUGUGCAUGCUCUCAUUUUUCCAAGACACCCAGGCUUACUGCUGCUCUUGUGUAAAAUCAAAAGAGUGUGAGGUGCCCGAGCUCGUCUGCCCAGAAAUUUCCCCUUGCAAAGGUCCAUUGGGUCCCCUAGUAGUGACAGCAGGGCACUUUGCCCAUGCUCAGGAGCUUCACAUCUUCCUGGGCCAGCCUUCCACAUCCUGAUGCCUCCAGAUGUUUUGGAUUAUGGGCUCUUUCAGACUGUUGCAGCUUUUGCAUGGGAUUCAGUCACAUCUUUGCAAAUUUGGAUUGCCUUGUUAUAGUUGACUGGGACUUUUGCACAGCCAAAGCUGCUCUCCCAAAAGAAACAGGCCUUUUGCAAGAAGGGAAGUGACGAGGAAACAAGUAACUGCACAUUUAUUCAAAAUUCAGUGUAAACUAUUUAAUUUAAUCCAUUCAACAAAAUGGAUGGACUCGAACCAGUGAUACCAGCUUUUCAAAUUCUGAUAGUCAUUUACACCUUCAGCACCCACUUAACCCUAACCCCUUGCCUCUUAGUACCCCCUAGGCAAUCCUCCCCCGGAGCACCCUCAUUGGAAAUCACUGGUCUAAAACACCUGGAGGGCUCUAGGUUGCAAAAGGCUGCAUAAGGCUCACUGCUGGCACUGCAAACAGGACUCUGGGUUAGGUUUUGAUCCAAGAAUUGUGGGGGUGGGCAAUGACUUCCUGUGGUCUUGGUGGCCUUAAAUGCAGGGCUGCUGAACUGUGCAGGGGAUGGGAGGGGCCCCACCAGCCUGCUCCACACACACCCUCCACCCAAAGCGGUCUCUAUCUUCCAGGGCAAAUUACACCAGCACGGAGCUGGCCCUGAACACCACCCUUUACCUCGGGAAUGAGAGAGACUACCUGCCCUGGAGUGCGGCACUCAGCAACCUGGGCUACUUCCAGCUCAUGUUCGACCGCAGCCAGGUGUAUGGGCCCAUGCAGGUGAGCUCUGGUCAUGGGUGGGGGUUCCAGGGAUGAGGGGCACCAGGUGGGCUGGGAGGGAGGAGGAGGAGAGAGUGUCACUCCUGCAGCCUCUGAGAGCUCCCCCCCAGCCUCACCCUACAAAUGGGGAAGGGCAUUCCCAGCCUAGUGCUAAUCAGGGAUGGAGUUGGGCAGGGGGCUACAAGGCAGGCACCGGCCCAUUUCUUUCUUAGAGAGAACGUUGCCUAAUGACUGCUGGGUUGUUCUCCUCUUCCUCUGCAGAAAUACAUCCAGAAGCAGGUCACUCCUCUGUUCAAUUAUUAUAAGAACCUCACCGCUAACUGGACCAAAAUCCCAGAUGGCCUGAUGGACCAGUGAGUUUCCUUGGACCGAGGGGAAGGUGUUGGGGGGGCACUGGAGGGGCUAGGCUGGGGUUGACAACUGGCCUGGUUGGGGCAGGAGAACCCUCAAAGGAGGGGCUGAGCAGGUUUGGCUAAUCUUACUGGCCAAUUGUCUCUGCAAUGCAGCAGCAGGUGGGGGGGGGGGCUCUGUUGCCUCUUGCUCCUCUUUCCAGCUCUCACUUUGGCCCCGGGCAGGGGGGAGGUGGGUAGAUAAGCCUCCAUCCCAUCAUUUCACAGUGGCAGGGGAAAAGGCUGAGAGGCUUCCUCUGUGCCUGAAGAAUGGUGCUCCAAGCUGGGAACACACUGUGCCUGGGAUUUCCAGGUCCAAGCUGCAGCCAGGAGGCCUCUUGAGUUGCUUUUCUCUCCAAGUCAUAGAACCACCAAAUUGUAGAGUUGGAAAGGACUCAAGCUUUAUGAGGAAUGGCUGAAGGAACUGGGUAGGUUUAGCCUGGAAAAGAGGUGACUGACAAGAGAUAUGAUAGCCAUCUUCAAAUACCUUAAGGGCUGUCACAUGGAAGACGGAGCAACCUUGUUUUCUCCUGUUCUGGAGGGUUGGUCUUGAACCAAUGGCUACAAGUUACAAGAAGGGAGACUAAACAUCACAAAAAACUUUCUGGCACUAAGAGCUGUUUGACAGUGAAAUGGUCUCCCUCAGGAGGUUGUGGACUCUCCUUCGCCAAUAUUCUAUGACCUCAAGGUUCAUCCAGUCCAACACCCUGAGUUUCCUUUCCUUGCCCAGGUACAACGAGAUCUCCGCCAUCAACACAGCCUGCUCCUUUGGCAUCUCUGAGUGCCAGAACUUGGCCAGUGACUUGUUCAACACUUGGAUGAAUAAUCCCAGCAAUAACCCGUAAGUGUUUGUGGCUGUGCCUGAAUGGUCUAGGACAGACCUCUGGGGAGCCCUCUGUCCCUUGAGCAGGCCAAUCCCUCAGGCUGGUUUGGGUUCACAUCCACACCAAACCAUGAAAGCACAUUUGUAGAACUUUAACAGUCACUGCUUCCCCCGGAAAAUCAUGGGAACUGUAGUUUACCCCGAAAGAGCUAUGAUUCCCACUGCCCUUAAGAAACUACAGUCCCUAAGAUUCUUUGCAGGAAGCCAAGUGCUUUAAGUGUGGAAGUGACCCUCGCUUUUUCCAAAUGUAAAGGUUGCAAUCAGAUACAUCAUUUCCAGUAAUUCCCACAGAGCACAGAGAGAUUUACUUCCAAGUAAGCAUGCACAUGGUUGCAUUGGAGAGGCAAAUCCUCUAGAUCAAAGUGUAACAGCAGUGCCUUUUUAGGCCAGUCAGGCAAGUUUGCAUCUCUGUUUCGUUUUGCAGAGAAAGUCCACUCCUGCAGGAUCUCAGGACACAAGAGUGAUCCAUGUGUCCUCAGCUGCUGCAUUGCCAGCUAAUCAUAAAUUUAGUUUAUUUAUUUAGCAAGUUUUAUAUGCCGCUUAAUCAAAAUCAAAUACAUUUCUAAGAGUGGUUUGUGCGGGAUGUAAAACACAGGAGCAGUCAAUUACAACAUUCCUAGAGCGUACAUGUUUAAACAUGGGGAGGGAUGUCUGUCCAGCCAGCAGGUAAACUUCCUGGGACAGACUUCCUCUGUAUGUGACUAGAGGUGGGUGUGGCCUCACCUGUGCAGGUAAUGAUAAAAGCACAGGGCAGGGCAGCCAUCUCUCUCUUGUUCUCUUGCCUCUCUCUGCCAUCUUCCUUCGAAGAAGUAACAUCUGCUAAAGAUGCUCUCUUGGCUCCCAGCCAAGAGAGGAGAAAGGGACUAUCUUCCUAUAAGAUAGAUUCUAAAUGUAUAUUACCUUAUUAAGCCUGUCUGCCUUCUGGGAUCCUAUUGUGAACAGAAAGUGAGUAAACUCUUUUUAUACUUUUAUAAAAGACUGUGUCGUGUCUUGUAUUUUAAGAGGGAACAAAGGGGAAAUUACCAGAGUGAUUAUUAUAGAGGUCCUAGCAAACCUGAGCACACGUUACCGUUGUGAACUUAAAAAGGGAAUGUCCUACUCUGCUGAUAUUUUGGGUACUUGUUAGCACAAGUUGGAUAAGGAUAUAAUCUCACAAUAUAUCCUCUCCUGCAUCCCUGAACAUUCCCACAGUUUGCAGACUAGUAUUAUUAUUGUUGUUGUUUAUUUAUAUCCCACUUUUCUCCUGGACCAGGGCUCAAGGUGGCUUACAAAUAAAAAUUGCGGAACAAAGAUAAAAUAAAAGAACUAAAAAUCAUUAAAAAUCAACUAAACACCAAUAGGAUUAAAACAAUAUAUAUAAAAAUAAAUCCAUAAAAAAUAGGAUCUGUUAAUAACAGCAAUAAAAUAGUAGCAUACAAUAUUCACUGGGGUGUAAAUGCAUAUCUUAAGGGCAUAAAAUGAGUAUUUUAAAUUGUAAAACAGAAACUUUAAUAAAAGUUAUGCAAAAAAUUGAAUCGUUUAUUCAUUCUCGCCUUCAGGAUUGCACCCAACCUGCGCUCUGCCAUCUACUGUAGUGCCAUUUCUACAGGUGGGGAGGAGGCCUGGGACUUUGGCUGGCAGAUGUUCCUGAAUGCCACCGUGGUGUCUGAGGCUGACAAGCUCCGUUCUGCUUUGGCCUGCAGCCAGGAGCCCUGGAUCCUCCAGAGGUGAGGUGGCCCCAGCCGGACAAGGCCCUUGUAGGGUGGAGGUGGGGAUGGGGAGGAUGCGCCAGGCUUCUUCAGAGCCUAGGGACGAGCAGGGGCCAGCCUUCCUCUGGUGCCGGGGGUCAGGUCUGUGGCCCCCUUUCCCCUGGGAGAUGCACUCCCAGGAAGCAAGCGGCAAGGGGCAGAUGUGGUCUUCAAGGACUGAAUAAGGUGGAGUGAGGGCCAGGCUUCAGCCAGGAGGGGGCCGCCUGGUGCCAGCCAGCGGCGUGAACUUGGGCCCGCCUUCACUGCAAUGGGAUGACGUUGCAGCGCAGUGCGGGCACAUGCGCUCCAGAUCCACAGCGACGCCUGAACCAGGGCCUGAGCCUCCACCGUGGGGUCUCUGUCUGCCACAUGGCCUCCACCCAGAGCUGCAGCGGGCCCCAACAGAGGCCCAUGGCAGAGUUGCAGGCCCUGGCCCAGUUGCCACUGGGGCGCCUGAAUGCCAGAGGUAAUGCAGUGGUGGUGGUGGUGAGGUUGGGCAAGGGUGAGGUUUUGUGGGUGCCCAGACCCCCAGGGUCCCCUGGAGUUGCUGCCAGUGGUGCCAGCUCAAGGACCUGCCCCCAUCCGGUUCCACAGGUACCUUGAGUUCUCGCUGGACCCCACGAAGAUCCGCCGUCAGGAUGCCACGUCCACCAUCAUCAGCAUCUCCAGCAACGUGGUUGGGCAGGGCCUUGUGUGGGACUUUGUCCGGGCCAACUGGAAGACGCUCUUUGAACAGUGAGUGGGGUGAUUUGAACUGAUGACAGGGGAGGGGCAUUGGUUGUGUGUGUUUGUGUGUGCCCAGGCUCACCCUUUCCUCCCAUUACCCCCCUACCCACCGAAACAGGUACGGUGGAGGCUCCUUCUCCUUCUCCAACCUGAUCCAGGCGGUGACGCAGAGAUUCGCUUCCGACUUUGAGCUCCAGCAGGUAAGGACCGUAUACAGUCGGAGGAGCAGGAGGGAGGCCUGUGCAGAGUGUGGGUGGGGGGCAAACACCUUGAUGAGCCAGAAACCAUGACCCUUCGCAGGCCACCCAAAGGAUGCCAGGCACUCCUCAGAACACCCAAGGCUUGGUGUGGUGCUGGAAAGACUGCCCCAUGGAGCUGGGUCACAGCCUCCCCCAGUUCCAGACCACCACAUCUGUCCUCCACUUGUUUGAAGUGGGAGCUUCCAAACUGUCCUGGGCAGCCAUACUUUAAUCAAUAAGGGUUAUAGUGUAAAUUAAACAACUGAUUUUUUUUAAAAAAAACAGGUUGUUUUUUUUAAAGGGGCUGCUCAGGUGAAUUGCACGUCCAUCCUCUCCCCCCACCUCCCACACCCCUGUGGCUACUGUUGUGUUCAUUCUUUUUCUUUUUAAAUAUAUUCCUUGCCUUCCACUAGCAGGUCCCAGGGCAGGUUGCAAAAAUUUAAGAUUAAGUGUUAAGAAGUGGGCCAAUUCUUUACAAAACAAAAUGGGUUCUGUUCUAUAUGGGUUGCUCAUAUAGCAAAGGAUGGUGUUGGUUACCCCAGUGUAACGCACAUAGCACUUUUUAGUUAAAAAUCCAUAAUUGCUUGUUUAUGUUCCAUCUCCCCUCCAAGGUGGAAUAUACAUAAAUGUGAUAGAUAAUUCAUCCGCACAACCACCCUGCAAGGUAGGUUAGGCUGAAAGAAACUGGGACUGGCCCCCAAGGUCGUCCAGUGAGCUUCAUGGCUGAAUGGGGUGUGUGUGGAUUCGAACCCAAGUCACCCAGGUCCUAGUCCAGCAUUCUGACCACUUCCUCACACUUCCCGAAGAUGACAGUGAUGACCCCCUGCCUGCUUUCUCUCCCUCCCGGCAGCUGGAACAGUUCAAGGCAGACAACGCGGAUGUGGGCUUUGGCUCUGGGACACGAGCGCUGGAGCAGGCCCUGGAGAAGACGAAGGCCAACAUCCAGUGGGUGGCUGCGAACAAGGAGCCUGCCCUGAAGUGGUUCCAGAGCCAGCUGUGA